UAGAUAAUUGUUCAAGUUUGUUAUUCAUCAGUUCACGGACUGCUGCGAAUUCAACCAAGAAUAUUAUUCAAGGAUUUUCGAAAGGAUGGGGUUGCGAUCAAAAGCUAAGUAUGCUGGUGUCUUUGUGUUUACUGUCCUAUGUUUGCUGGCUAUGCACAACCAUGAUUCAAGCCUUUUCAUUACCGUUAUCGAACAAUACAAGGAAAGAAUACAUCGGAUUUGGCUUGAACCAGAAUCGUUCGAACCAGACCGUACUUCCGUCGAACAGAAGAAGUAUGUUGGGUUUCACUUAAACACCGGCCGACUUGGAAAUCAGCUGUUCCAUCUGUUUUCUGGAUAUGGCAUUGCCAGGACCAUCAACAGGAUACAUUACUUGCCAUUCGAACGGGAUAGAGCAUACGUCGAGAAGUACCUAACUUACUUAGAAAGAGUUUUUCCUCUUUUGAACAGAACCUAUGUCCUUGCGAAGAAUGGAACCAAGCAAAGAGUAGUAAAAUUUGCGAGAAGAUUUGAUGCUUAUGCUGACCCAUCAAGCCUUAAAAACUUUACCGACCAAUUUUUGUUGCUGGAUUUUGUUGGUGCCCAAAAUGUCAGGUAUUUUGAGGAAUAUGCUAUUGAUGUGCGUGCUAUUCUGCAGUUCUCAGAAGAGAUAAAAUCGAAUGGAAGCAUCAUAACACACUCUUUGCAGAGUCAUUCUGACUCAAUGUGCGUACACGUCCGAACGACGGACUUUAUUAAACAUAAAUGGCACACUGACGUGAACAAAACUGUCACAGCUGUCAAUGCACUAGCUAAGAAGAAGAAUAUGUCGCAUUUUUUACUUUUUGGAGAUGAUCAGCAAGUCAUGAUCAAUAUGUCACAAGUUAUUAUAAGAGAUGGUGGAUGGAAGAACGAUGCUGUGAUUGUUUCGAAUUAUCAAGAGGUUAUGGACCUGUAUUUGUCAUCCCAGAUGUGUCAAUCUUUUUUGAUCUCUGCACCCGUUUCAACAUUUGGCUGGUGGCUUGCUUUCUUUGCAAAAGAUCAAAGUGCAGUUUAUUAUUUGAACGUUAACCGACCGAAAACGUACAAACGUCGAAAAGAACAUUUUAUGAAAUCAUGGCAUUUGUACCACGUCUAAAGUCUUCAGCAGCGAUAAUCAUGGAUGGUCAUCGAACAAUCAAAGACUAUUGAAUGCUGAUUCCAAACCUGUCUUUGUUGGCAUAAGUCCACAAUUCACUGACAAUCAAGAUAAAGCAUUCUUAUCGG